GACGUGAUAUAUAUAUAUAUAUAGAGAGAGAGAGAGAGAGAGUUUCUUCCCCUCGGGAUCAUGCCUCUCCAUUAAAUCCCUGACACUCGGCUCUUUCUAUAAACCCCGCAAAUCAUUGCCUUGUAGUUGAUUUCCUUACACAGCCCCUGGAACCCACCAACCCCCCCACCCCCGAGUUUGCACCCGCAGCAUCAUGCUGUUUUCAAAUGACAUCAGUUUAGAUUUGGUGCGGAGCAAAAUAAAACGCCUCCAAGAGUUUCUGGCCAUUUACCUGAAAAUUGCCAACGUGCACACGAUUGAUUUUUAUACUGAAGACAUUUGGAACGAGUACGUGGCUUUGUCCCCCGAGGCGGUCCUCGCUCGUUACCGCUGUCAGGAUGUAGGAAGCAAAGCAGAAAUAGCAAGUGCCUCAGUAUGGGAUGACUGUCAGAAGCUUGCAGAUGUGACUGCCUAUAUCCGAGAGACCCAAGCUCAUUCCCUGCCAUACCUUGGAGUGUGUACGACAUUGGAUGAACUGCUUCAAGAGCUUUGGGGAAAUAAGCAGAGAGGUACAUUUCUGAAAACCAGCCAGUUUAUGAACACAAAGAAGUCCCAUGAGGUUCAGGUGAUGUCCGAAGUUGUUGCCUGCCUGGCCAAACAUUGUAAUGUCCAACAGGUUAUUGAUCUAGGAUCAGGAAAGGGAUAUCUGAGCUCCUACUUGUCUAUGCAGUAUGGCCUGAAUGUGUACGGCAUUGAUGCUUCCAGCAUCAACACCAAUGGAGCGAACGAGAGAAACAGGAAAUUAAAAAGAUACUGGAAGGUGUAUCAGUGUCAGAUCAAUCCUCUGGGCCAAAGCGCUGGAGCAGAAAAUCUGAGAGGAAAGGAAAUGAACACUGAAGGAAGCUGCAAGGAAAAGGUUGAGUGCACUGGCCAUGGUGAUGAGGGAGAUAACCCUCCUGAAAUGGAGCCUUUGGGUUCACCCACGCAGAUCCCUCGACUGUGCGUCUUCACAGAGUCUGAAAAGGGAGAAUUUGAUGGGCGCUCAGAGAUGACAGGGGCAAUCGAAAAUGAACAUAGUGAAGAUGCGAAUGCCUUUUUGGACCUUCUGCCAAUGAGCACCAUGCAAAUUGGUUCACCGCCGAGACAAAAAAAAGAUCUGUGCGAGGAAGAGAAAGAGAAAAGAAAAAAUGCAAACUUAGCGGCAAAAGCGAAGCGAGUGAAACAGACGAACCUGUAUUCCCCACUAACUCAGCACGUUACCGCAACAACGGAUCUCAGCGACAUCAUCACAGACAUAGAGGAUUCAAUGAUGGUUGGCCUGCACACGUGUGGUGAUCUGGCCUCAAACACCCUGCGCAUUUUCAUUGCCAAACCAGAGCUCAAAGCUGUGUGCAGUGUGGGCUGCUGCUACCACCUCCUCUCUGAGGAGUAUGAAGAACCUGCUGACAGCAAUGAUUGCUCCCAGGGAUCGUGGGGCUUUCCCAUGAGCCAGUAUUUGAGAGACAGUGUCUGGCAAUGUGGCCGGAACGCUAGAAUGUCUGCAUGUCUGCCGCUGGAAAGAGUGACGGUCGGCCAAGGGCUUCCUUCAGAAUCCUUGUUUUACCGUGCAGUCCUGCAGGUCAUCUUCAAGGAACACUACGGGAACAGGAAGAGGCACAAUGUGGAGCAAAAUACAAACAGCAAACACGUUGGAAAGAUCUUUUCCAAGUCUUCUGGCUUCGUGGAUUACACCAGAAAAUCAAUGCAGAAGCUGGGAAUGGAUGACUCCAAGUUGUCGGACAGUUUAAUUCAAGGCUAUUAUGACAUAUACAGGCCCCGAUGGAAAGAGUUGGAAGCCUUUAACCGGCUAAAGGUAACCUUAGCCCCGUGUAUUGAAGGUCUAAUACUUUUGGACCGGUUAUGUUACCUGAAGGAACAGGAAAGCAUAGCCUGGUCGGCUCUGGUGCAGUUGUUUGAUCCCAUCAAAUCCCCCCGGUGCUAUGCGGUCAUUGGCGUAAAGAAGUAGUCCUGCUCCAAAAACACCUUCAGCGUUCUUGAUGUGUGGAAAGUUAGUGCUCGAAUACAAUUUAUCUGAUCUAGUGAAAUCCUAAUACAAUCUUGCGAGUUCACUCGUCUUCGCAUCAGAUUUUAAACCUAUCGAUAAACUUUUACAAUGUCCUUUUUCUAAACAUUGCGGGCAGUGAAUGUGAUUUAAUAAAUAAGUGGAAAACAAUCAAACUUGAAAGUCA